UUGCUCAGGACCAUGAUUGAGGGUGACAACUUAAGAUUUUGUCUGGAUAAAGUCUGGGUAAAGUAUAAUAACGUUUAAAGGUCUUUCAAAUAGAAAAUAAUAUGCAAUAAUAGAACUGGGCGUGACCUAGUAGUGGACUUUUAGCGGUCAGGUCGCCGUCAAGUGCUAAACGAAAAACGGUAACAACCUAAACAGCUUACACAAAUAUGUGACCGUUACCGACUUUAUUUAUACCAGAUACGCUACUGUACUCUCAUUUUGUCGUCAAACGUACCAUCUUCCGGUCUAGUGGAAAAUAUUUGACCCAAUUUCGAUAAACGUUUUUAGUAAAACACUAAUACAAUGAUGCGAAAAUCUUAUUUGAUUAUAAUAACAGUUUUCGUAGCUGUUACGGCAAAUACGAUAUAUAACACGCACGAUUCAGUAGCAGAUGAAUUUGACAAUGAUCUGGACCAUCACGAAGAAAGAGAAGGAAGAAUAUUAUUUCCAUUUGUAAGUAUCGUCCGUUUCGCGAACACGGACUGUGCGUCAACCAAUACAAUGAAUGGUAUAUGUUUGGCGCGACGAGAAUGCAACAACCUUAAUGGAACCAUCACGGGAACUUGUGCUUCUAGGAGAGGAAGAUGUUGUGUUGUUUCCCGAACGUGUGGCUCUACAACGAACGUAAACAAUACAUACUUCACAAGCCCCGGUUAUCCGGCAGCGUAUGCUGGUGGACAAGCAUGUACACUUAUUGUUAACAGAUGCAACAACAACAUCUGCCAACUUCGUAUAGAUUUUCUGGAUUUCGUGAUAGCACAGCCUGAUGGUGAUGGUGUCUGUGUCACAGAUUCUAUCACUAUUACUGGUGGAAACACGAUAGUUCCACCGUUGUGCGGCGACCUCACAGGACAAACGAUUUUCGUAGAUUUUAACGGAAAUGCAGCGAUUACAAUUGCUGUGACAGCAACUCUAGCUACCACUUUUGCAAGGAGAUGGAAUAUGAGACUUACUCAAUUGGGAUGUGAUUGUCCUGGCUUAGCUCCUAAUGGUUGCCUGCAGUAUUACACAGGAAUUACGGACACCAUAAAUAGUUUCAAUUACGGUACAGGAGCUAAUACUCUUCUCAGUGCCUCCUUGGUCACAGGCACUAGACAGAUUGCGAAUUUGAAUUACGGUAUUUGUAUUCGAAUGGAGGCUGGAUAUUGUGCUAUACAAUACGCUCAGACAGCGAACGAUGUGUUCUCGUUCACGGUAACAGGCGACGUAGAGGGUGCCGACAAUACAGUACUGGGCACAGCGGUGGGGGCAGUCAACGACGGCGCUUGUGUUACGGAUUUCGUCGUGAUACCAAACCCUGUUGUUGCCGCCACUGCAGUACCAGUCGGCACUGACCGCUUUUGCGGUCUUGGAUUUGUCCCGGUUCAAACUGGAGCCAAGCCUUUUGUUCUGUACGUGGUGACAGACGGCAAUGAAGGUGCCACCGCAACCACCCCUCCGGACGUGGCCAAUCGUGGUUUCUCUCUGACGUACACCCAAAUCGCGUGCUGAGAUUAACAAUAACAAAAAUAAAAAAAACUUUGUAAUUAGUCUGUACCUAAAUUUAACGAAAAAUUAACAGCUGGCCUAAAGGUCUACUAGAUACCAGGCCAUAAACUAAAAAAAAAAAAACUGCUUAAGCCACUUAAAAAAAAAUUGAGCAUUAUUUGAACUAUAACGUUUUAAGAUACGGAAUUAUAUAAUUGGAUAUAAUAAUAUUCAUAGUAUCAAAACGUUUGUUUAGUAUAUAACUGUUCUUGAUAGUUACUAAGGGUACACGAUUUUUUGAAAGGCAAACUUUAAUUUUUAUUUCAUAUUAAUUAUCGUUUACUUUUCGAAAUUUAAAUGGUUUAGUGUAUAAUUAUGAGUUAGUAUGCGACACAUGCCUCCGGUAGAUAUAUUUAUUUAGAAAAUAAAAAAACAUUUAACAACAA